AUGUCUAAUCAGAUUUUGAAAUAUGCUGAGGCUAAUAUUAAUAUAACACCAGAAGUUAAUAAACUUUUAGAUUCAUUACCUUUAUAUGAUUUUUAUAAAAAAUUCGAUAAUGAAUUCAAAAAUUCUAUAAGUUSACAUGAGAAAUGUUCCGUAUGUGAUCUCUCUUUAACAAUGAUUACAGAAGAAAGCAAAAAACUAAAUAACCUUUGUAAAAAAGUUUGUUAUAUUUUACUAAAUUUUAAAGAUAUGGAAAAUUUAAUACAGACAUUAACCAGUGUUAAAUGUUGUGCGUAUAUGAGUACAUGGUUAUUUAAUCAUAUAACUAAUAUUCCUAAUUUUAAUUUGAAAUCUGAUGAUUUUUAUAGUGCAAUAAACAUUAUUAGUAAAAAUGAACUAUCCAAAAUAAAAAAUUGUACCCUUGAAAAUUACAAAAUAAAUAAAAGUGUAUUUAACAACGAUCAAAUUUUAUAUGAAUUUUUGGAAAUUUAUAAAAAAAUUGAAGAAAAACUUACAUCACCUGAUGAUUCGUCAAAAAAUAUAUAUUGUAAACAUAUAAAGCAAAUUUUUUCACAUUACCACAGAAUUAAAAAUAUUUGUGCCACUGAUGAUUCUUGUAGUAAAUAUAAAGAAUUAUUGAAAUUUAAAGAAAAAUUUAAAGAACUCAACAUUAUAAAUUUGAUAUGUGAAAAGUGUGACUUCAAAAAGUCAACUUGUAAACAUGGUUCCACUGUAGAAGAUGAUGUUCCAUGUUUAAGCUCUCAAAAAUAUGGAUUUUUAUUCCUAAUAUUUGGUUAUGAUCCAGAACAUAUAAUAAAUUUUACUCCCUUUGGAAAAACCUUAAAAAAGUUAAAACAAGAAGGAAGAAAAAAUGGACGCCAAAAAAAAGAAGAAAACAUUCAAGAUUACAUGAAAAAUUAUGCCGCAUAUGUGGACAGUGCAAUGAAAAACAGGGUUCAUUUAACAUAUCAUAAUACUAACAUGUAA